CACAAUGACCAAGCUCUUCUUACUCACAUUACUCUUCCAAUCACUCAUUGCUGUCUCUGAACAUCACGGGUCAGGGCAGAGCGUUGCACCACCAAUUGCAGGUGGCACAACUCCCGCUGCCCCAUCCAGUGCCGCCCAAGAGUUCUUAGAUGCGCACAACAAGGUAAGAGCUGAGGUCGGAGUUGGCCCUCUGAAAUGGAGCAUCAUGCUCGCCAAUGCCACCAGCAUUAUUACGCGCUAUCAGAGGGACAAGCGUAGCUGCAGCUUUGCAAACUUAAGCAGCAUCAACUAUGGCCAACUUCAACUCCUGUUUAGAGGAUUGAUUGCAAUACCACCACAAGUAGCUGUGGAUAUCUGGGUUGCUGAAAAGAAGUUUUACAAUUAUGCUAACAACUCUUGCAUACUGGGCCACGAAUGCUUCUCUUACACCCAAGUGGUCUGGAAAAACUCGCUGGAACUUGGUUUGGUUGUGCUCAAGCUACUUGCUCCAACAACCACACUAUUCUAACCAUAUGUUUCUAUAAUCCACCUGGGUAAUUGGAGAGAAACCUUACUAAUCUAUCCACUUUUCUAAUCUACAAUUUUAUGCAGAAUCCAAAACUAUUGCUUUUUAUUUAA